UCCUCCGCGCGGCGGGGCCGGGAUGGGGCAGUAGCGGCCAUGGAGCGGGCGGGGGGCCGGCCCGGCGCCCCCCAGUUGGUGCACGUGCAGCUGCAGGGGGGCGCGCCCUGGGGCUUCACGCUGCGGGGCGGGCUGGAGCACGGCGAGCCCCUCAUCGUCUCCAAGGUGGAGGAUGGGGGCAAGGCUGCACUGUCCCGCCGGCUGCAGCCAGGUGAUGAGCUGGUGAACAUCAGCGGGACGCCACUGUAUGGGUCCCGCCAGGAGGCCCUGAUCCUCAUCAAGGGCUCCUACCGCACCCUGAAGAUGAUCGUCCGCAGGAGGAGCGUGCCCGUCCUCCGGCCCCAUUCCUGGCAUGUGGCCAAGCUCGCCGAGAGCCGCCCCGACGCCCCCGUCAUGCACUGCCCUGCGGACGCCUUCAGCCUCUCCUGGCCCUCGGGCUGUGAUGUCAGCGAGCUGUCCCUGCAGUGGAACCCGCUGUCCCGGCACUGCAGCACCGACCGGAGCAGCUCCAUCGGGAGCAUGGAGAGCCUGGACCAGCCCGGCCAGGCCUACUAUGAAGGAGACCCCUCACCCGUUGACCAGGGCAUGUACCACAGCAAGCGAGACUCGGCCUACAGCUCCUUCUCCGCCAGCUCCAUCACCUCUGACUGCACCCUCUCCCUCCGCACCGAGGAGGCUGCCUCUGCCGACUCUGCCCUCCAGGGCCCCUGCAAGCCCCUUGACGGGCGCUACCUGACCACAGGGGCUGAGCCGCCUGCCAGCCAGCACCCCGAAGCCUGGCGGGCACCUGUGCCCCCCCAGCCCCCCAUCAGGAGGGACAGCCUGCGGGCAGCCCCGGCUGUUGGAGGGGACGGGCGCCGAGCGUCGGUCUCGAUGGACAUGCUACACGUCAAGGGCCGGUGGAUCUCCGACACCUUCCUCUGCCAGCGAGACGGGGAGGCGGAGGCAGCAAGUGGGAGGACACCGGUGCCAUACCCUAUGAAGGACCAUCUCUCUGCUGACCAGUAUUACAUGCUGAGCUCCCACCCGGACCGGUGUCCGUCCGAAUCAUUCCUAGCGGAGAGCAUGGAGCCUCACAAGCGGCUGUACCCCGGUGGUGGCGUGCACCGAGUGCCAGAUGCUACAGCGGCGUGUGAUGACCUGCUGCUCUCCCCGCUCAAGGGCCACGCGCCACACCGGCACAGCGCUCCUGAGCAGCUGCUGGCCUCGCAGCUUCGCUCCCUCAAGGUGGGCACCGGCAGCGAGCGAGCCUCGCCGGCCCCUGAUGGGCACCGCUGGACCCUCUCCCCGCUGCACCCCGAGGGGAGCCAGCCAGGGACCACAGGGCCUGCCCAGGACUCCUCACUCUGCCCGGAGCCGUGCUGCCGCCUGCCGCCCUGCCGCUGCUGCCCGGAGCUGCCGCGAGCCUGCGGGCAGGAUGGACAGGGAGCUGGCACAGCGUGCAGCACCGAGGGGCCGGUGGAGGAGAGCCGAGGGGGAGGCCGUCGGGCAGGGGGUCCUCCCCACCGCUCGGCUCAGAUGCGCCGCCGCAGCGACCGUUUUGCCACCAGCCUGCGCAAUGAGAUCCAGCGGCGCAAAGCCCAGCUGCAGAAGAGCCGGGGUCCUGGCACCUCGCUGCCUGGUGAGGAGCCGGUGGAGGAGGCAGAGGAACCCACGGAGGGCCGUGUGCCAGCGGAGGGACCCCUCGCCUCGGCUGAGAGGCUCAGCCCCAUGCCAAGUGAGGAUGGCAGGAACCCCGUCCGCCAAGGGGACCGGGGCAUCCCCACCCCUGACCCGCGGCCGGUGCCCAAAAGGCCUCCAUCUCCAGAGCGGGCAGUGCCGAUGGGCCGGGGCCGCUGGCGCUGGUCCCCGGAGCGCAAGCUGCAGCGUUCACCCAGCCCUGGCGAGCUGGAGGGCUACGGCCAGGGUCCCGUGGCCCGCAGCUCCCCACCACGGGGCAACGAUGAGGCUGUCCUCCUGCCCUUCGCUGACCGCCGCCGGUUCUUUGAGGAGAGCAGCCGGCCGGCACCACCCUGGCAUGGCAAGCCGCCGGCAGGCAAUCCCAGUGCCUUCCAGCCCCCUGGCUCUGAGCACCGUGACGUCCGCCGCCUCUCCGUGGACCAGACCUACGGCCCCCCGUCACCCAGCCGCCCCGGCUCUGCCGGCUCCUAUGCUGAGUGCUGCCAGGAGCAGCCCGCCUGCUACCAGCCACUGGGGAGGCCAGGGGAGCUGGAAUACCGUCGGGGCUUCUCCUACCCCUACGGGGUUCCCCUUAUCCCUGAGCCCUGCCGCUACUGCGGAGGGGGGGACCGGUGCCCCCCGCCACUGCCCCGAGGCCACGUCUGCCGCUGCCACCCCCAGCCCUGGGCGCAUUGUCCCGACUGCUGCUGCCCGGCCCCCCGCCCCGGGCGGGAGGAGAGUGAUGCCUGGCCCCCUCGGAGAGUUUUCACCCCGGAAUUUCCUUUAGAUGAGUGGGAACCACCGGCAAUAACCAGGAAAACCAGCCAGUCCAUCAGUGAGCUCUCCCACUACCAAGUGGGCUUCCCGAGGCUCGGCCCCUUCCGCCCCUGCUUUGAGAGCGCUGAGCAGGAGUGGCCACCCUGCUACCGGACCACAUCCACGCAUGACCUCUCUUGGGAUGGUGACCGCCUGACUCGUUCCCCUGAGAGUCCCCCAGGCCCCCUGCACCGCCCGCUGCGGGGCAGAGCGUUCUCCGAAAGCCACCUCAACCUGGAGCCUGCCAGUCCCCGGAGCCGCAACCAGAGGGACCUUCUCCAUGCCAAGCCGGACCCCGCCAAUGGCCACAAAAAGAAGGGUCCCCCACCUCCCCGCCCACCUCCCCCGAACUGGGAGAAGUACCGACAGCGCCGGAUGUCGCAGCGCCUGCCGGAUGGUUCUGGGCAUGGUUCGGCUUUCACCACCGCCCCGGUGCUGCCCCGCAGCAUCGCUGAGGCUGUGCGUGAGCGGUCACAGAGCCUCACUGGGGGGCAGGGGACCCGGUCCCGGGGGCUUGCUGCUCGCCCCCCUGCCCCACCAGGUGCGUGGCCCCGACCCGAGCCCAGCGGAUCACUCUGCAGGACACCUGAGCCUGAUGUGGGCAGCGGUGAGAUGUGCAGGCAAGCAAAGCACCCCUGGGAGACGGAAGAGCAGCCCCAAAAGCUCAUCUGGAACCAGGAGCGGCGCUGGGCCAGCCCGCGCAGAGUGGGCGAGUGCUCCCUGCCCCCGCACGGUGUCUCUGGCCCCAACACCCCAGAGGCACCCAAGCUCAGCCCUGGAGCGGCAGAGGACGUGAGCUGCCCUGGGGGGCGGCCUCAGCCCCGCCGCGUGGACUCGGAGGAGCUGCUGUGGAACGUGGUGGGCAGGGACCACUCCCUGGCCAGCAUCCUGGCCCCCUCGGUGCCCCUUGGCACUACCAACGAGGCAGUGGGUGAGCUGCUGGCGACGGGGGAACGGCAGGCCUGGCAGGAACGUUUCCAGCAGGACUGGCGCCUGGAGGCCCUGGCACAGGACAGGCAGGGCUUUGAGCCCAUCUCGCCACCCCUGACAAGCACUGCCAGCUCCACCUCGUAUCCGGUGUAUUAUGGUGCGGGUGCAGGCAAAGCCGAGGUGCUCAGCAAGGUGAAGGAGGUGCCAGAGGUGGUGGAGGGGAGCUUGGAGGACGAGGAGGAGGAGGAGGUGGACCAUGAGCUGGUGGAGAAGAAGCUGCAGCUGAUCGAGAGCCUGAGCCGCAAGCUGUCCGUGCUGCGGGAGGCACAGCGGGGGCUGCAGGAGGACAUCAGCGCCAACGUGGCGCUUGGCGAGGAUGUAGCUGCCCGCCUGCAAGACCUCUGCACCCCGGGGGAGUUCGACAAAUACCGCCUCUUUGUGGGUGACUUGGACAAGGUGGUCAACCUCCUGCUGUCCCUGUCGGGGCGCCUGGCCCGAGUGGAGAGCGCCCUGGACAGCCUGGGGCCACACGCUGCUGCCGAGGACAAGAUGGCCCUGCGGGAGAAGCAACAGCUGCUAGCGGCGCAGCUGGAGGACGCCAAGGAGCUAAAGGAGCAUGUGGGGCGGCGGGAGGAGGUGGUGGGCGCCAUGGUGGCGCGGUACCUGCCUGCGGAGCACCUCCAGGACUACCAGCACUUCAUCAAGAUGAAGUCAGCCCUCAUCACGGAGCAGCGGGAGCUGGAUGAGAAGAUCAAGCUGGGCCAGGAGCAGCUGAGGUGCCUCCGGGAGAGCCUCGGCCAAGCCCCUAAGGGCUGCUAGCCCCCCUGCCCAGCUUCCCCCUGGCUGUGGCCCCAACUUGCUGUCUAAGUGGCCCCAGCCCACUGUGGGCUUUCCCUGUGUCCCUCCCUCUGUCCAGAUUGUGCCUUUUAUUUAUUUUUCCAGUUUACUGAGCAGGGUAGGGGGUGCCAGUCCAGGCACUGGUAUGGGGGGAAUUAUGCCACAGAACUGCUUUGGGCUCUGCAGCCACCGAUCCCGCUGUCCUCCCAAGGUCUUCUGUGGCUGUGGGGGUUCCUCUGCCUUGUCCUGGACACUGGUGUCUGUCCUACAGCUGGUGCUGCACCAUAUGCCUUAAACAACCCCCAGGCUGCCCCAGGGCAUCCCUACGCAGUUUCUGGAAGGGUUAAACCAUUCUCAUCCUCCAUCAGGUCUGUUUGUCCAGCUCCAUCCAUCUGUCCUGUGGGAGCUGGAGGAAUUUUUCAGCCCCCAGCAUCCUCUUCCUCUCCAUUGUGUCAGAAACAAUGGUCCUGGCCAGCAGGUCCUUAACCCCUUCCCUGCCACCCUAAGGCACCGUGGGUGGGCCAAGGCAGGUGCCGGUGGGUGCUGUGCACCCCUCUCUUGGGGUGUAUUGGGUUGAAGACCCCCCCCACCCCCCGCCAGGGCAUGGGGUACUGGGAGGAGUAGACUGGGGGCUGUGGGUAUGGGCACCACCUGGCCUCAUCCAACCCUCGCUUCCAGCCUCUGCUCCUGCGCUGGUGGGGAUUAAUAGAGGAAAAAUGAUGCUAAGAAUGAAUCAGGGCAACUAUUGCCCCUCCUGUGUGCUCAGCAGCCCCAGAUAGCACUUCGACCUCAUCCUGGGUCACCCUGGUGCCCUGCCUCUGUCCGUCUAUUGCCACCAGAGGGGCAGGCACCUCAAUACUGACUUUGCACAGGGGUUUCAUGCAACCAGCAGCAGCUCAGGGGAGGGCAGGCGUAAGCAUUUUGGGGAGGCGAGGUGGGCCCUAUGCCCUUUGGGGUGGCCACAACGGGGCAGCCCCACCACGGGGUGGAGGCAGCUGCUCGACACCGCAGCAGCCCCCCAGCCCGUUGAACACUACGCCCAAUGCCAAACGCAGCCAAACCCUGUGUCGGUGCCUGGCGGGAGCAGGGUCCCCCGCAUCCGCCCCUCUCAGCCACCCCUGGGGACACUACUAGGACCAAAGACUGCACCCACUGGAGCUAGGGACAACCUGCUCUCGGGGACACUGGCCAGCCCUCAGCGGGUCACCGCGCGGUGCCUGUGCCUUGCUGCGUGCCGUUGUGCCUCUCUCACACUAAAGGAGCAGCAGCAGCUGCACA